GGAGGGCUUUUCCAGCCAAUUAGCACCACCUUGAUUUGCAUUUGCCCCGCCUGGUCCUGCCACAGCAUCAGAAGGUACUCCGGUGUCGGGGCUUCUCUCUGACUGUAGUAACUGAAAUGGAUGAUACCAUCUGCCCGCUAAGACUACACAGUCCUAAAACCAGGGUGCUGUAAUCAGUACUCUGGCAGUGGGGGUCUCCUAUCAGCUUUGCAUUACAUCCCCAGCAGAUGUGCAGGCUGCAGGCAGCAGCCCGUCUGUGUCGCUCUGCAACUCUCUCAAGUCUCUGAAAGAGUCAACUCUGCCUGCAUCUGUGUGGUUGAUCUGUCACCAUGAAGCAUCAGUCUAUUUCCCGAUGGUUGAGUCAGCUGGGACUGCCACAGUACUGCACAGCACUGGAGCAGGAAUAUGAUGGCGUAGAGGAUCUGCUUCACCUCACAGAGUAUGACCUCUUGGUGCUUGGAGUCCACAAUCACCUCCACCGCCUGCACCUUCUUACUUCUCUACGCCUCCUUCAAGAGCGAGAGAGGAGGAGAGAGUUGAGGAUGAUGGCAGAGGGGCGUUUUGCUAGUCUGCCUAGGUCUCUUCAAGCACACCACACCCUGGGAGGAGGCACAGGCCACUCUGGAGUACCCAGCAGCCCUCUUGGUGCCCCAAGCAAUAAUACCUGCUCCUCCAGGAGGCACCAGGCCUCUCUCACAUCCUCCAUGGAUCUUCUCAGCUCCAGACCUGGUCUCCAUCCAGGCCAGUGUGGCAGCCUAUCAGAAAAGCCAGCUGCCGCCUACCAGCCAAUCUCUAUUCAUGGGACUCUGCCUCGGCGCAAAAGAGGAGGGGUCAACCUCACACAUGGAAACUACACCUGGGACCCCAAAGCCAAUCACACAGAGCCUUUAAUUUAUGAGAAUGCAUUACUGACUGCUGAGUACCCGCAUCAGUCCAUGACCUCUUCACUGGUCCAAAAUAUCGCUGAUGACUUCCAUGGUUACAGGGAGCCUGCAGCCGGGCCCGACGCCACAGUGGACUACGUUAAGUUCUCCAGAGAUCAGUUCAUCCUGGACUGUCCUUCAGAGAAACUUCGCAAGGAGCUCGAGGAAGAACUGAAGAUGGACUGCGAGGAGCCGAGAAGUCACGCGUGGUACCACGGAUCGAUUCCCAGACAGGUUGCAGAAAACCUGGUGCAGCGAGAUGGAGACUUCCUGAUCCGUGAUUCGCUGUCUUUACCAGGAAGUUACGUUCUCACAUGCCAAUGGCGAAACACUGCUCAGCACUUUAAAAUUAACAAGAAGGUCGUGAUGCUGAAUGAAGCUUACUCCAGAGUUGAGUACCGCCUAGACAGAGAAGGGUUCGACAGCAUCCCUGCACUCAUCAGAUACUAUGUUGGCAACAGAAAACCUGUCUCACAGGUGGUAGGGGCCAUCAUCUUCCAGCCAAUCAACCGGGGGCUGCCGCUGCGCUGCUUAGAGGAAAAGCACGGACUGUCGAGCAGUCACCGGGAGAGGCUGAUGUCGCAGGAGAGGCGGAACCAGAAACGCCUCAGCCUCAAUAUUACCAACGGACACACAUACGACAACACACAGGCCAUGCACGACAGCACACACUGCCAGGACAAUGGCAUUGCCCGAGGCAGCCAGCUCAGGUUGAAGGAUCGCUGCGGCAGCCAACCAGCAAGUCUCAAUCAAGUCCAGGAGCGGCGACACCCACUCAAGGCGCACCAAUCAGAAAGCUUCCUUCCUCUUGGAUCCAAACCACAGCCCCUGCAGACACCUGACUCGCUCCUUCCCAGCCCAAACUCCAAGUCGCCGGUGUUUCGGACAGGCAGCGAGCCACUGCUGAGCCCCUCUUUCCCACGGAAAUCAGCAGAGCCUCUAGCAGGCCAAGCGAUCCGGGGCUCUGACAGCCAGCUGUGUCCUAAACCGCCUCCCAAACCCAGCAAGGUUCCUCUGGCUAGGCUGGCUCACUCCUCUUGUCCUCAGGCUAGAGUUCCCUCCUCCAGCUCCUCAAACCUCACAGACACCUCCUGUGUCUCUCCCAGACUGGCUGCACCUCCACAGGAGCCCAGACGUGUAGAAACCCCUGAUUCUUCCUGGGCGGGUGGAGCCACUGCAGGCCCUCCUGUUCCUCCAGUGAAGCCCCUGAAAUUGCAACAUCUACGGCUGCCUGCAGACUCCUGCUGCUCCUCUGGGUCUCUAGUUUCACCUGCUGAUGCUGCUAAGUGUCCCGAUUCAGAGACAAUAACAGGACAGGGUGAAAGACUGCAGCCCAGCCCUGCAGACCUGAGGUCCUGCAGCCCUCUGGAGUGGGAAUCGUCAAACUCUGCUAACCCCAUCACAGAGCACAGCCGUGAAGCUCAGCUAACACUCUGCAGCUAUGUGGAGAGACUGAAGAGAGAAGGGGAGAUGGGGAAGGAGGAGGAGGAGGUGUCAGGAGACAGAAGCUCCUACCAUCAUGCUAUCGCAGCCUUGGAAAACACCAGUGAAGAAGAGGAUGAAGAUGCAGGGAAAGACGAGGAGAAAGAUAAGAGGAGGAAAAAAGAGAGGAGUAGUUUUCAGCGGCCUGUCAUAGAGACGGAGUCCAUGUUCAGGCCAGCAGAGUUCGACUCGCGACUUCUGCCUCUAGAAAACAAACCACUGGAGAUGGCGGUUCUGAAGAGAGCAAAGGAGCUGGUGCUCAGCCACAAUCACCACAGCCUAGCCAGACACCUGCUGAUGGCUGACUGCCAGGUUGCCAGGAUACUGGGAGUGACUCCAGAGCUUAAAGGUCAAAUGGGCGUGUCCUCCGGUCUGGAGCUGGUGACGCUGCCGCACGGUCGUCAGCUGAGGCUGGACCUGAUGGAAAGGCACCACACCAUGGCAAUAGCUGUUGCUGUGGAUAUUCUGGGAUGUACGGGUAGCGUGGAGGAGCGGGCUUCCACUUUAAAUCGCCUCAUUCUGGUUGCUAUAGAGCUGAAGGACACGGUUGGUGACCUGUUUGCUUUCACAGCCCUGAUGAAAGCUCUGGACCUGCCUCAGAUCAGUCGUUUGGAGGAAACAUGGACGACUCUACGAAGGAAUUUCACACAGACCGCUAUCAGCUACGAGAAAACACUCAAGCCUUUCUACAAGAAUCUGUACGAAGGCACCGCCUCCUCUCCUCCGGUGGUCUGUGUGCCCCUCCUCCUGCCAUUCCUCACGCUGAUGGAGCGUCCUUCAAUUGCACCUGACGGGGUGGAGCUCUGGGAGACCAGCGACCAGGGCUGUGACAUCAUGCUGCGCCACCUGGAGGCUGCACGCAACAUUGCACGCAAUGCGCACGGCUACACUGCCAAUGCACAGAAGAUCUUACAAGGGUUUCAGUGUGACGACGAUCUGCUCGAAGUGUUUAAGACAGACUUUCAGCUGCGACUGCUCUGGGGAAGUCGCGGAGCUACGGUCAACCAAUCAGAUCGCUACAACAAAUUCAACCUCAUCCUCACUGCGUUGUCACGGAAACUGGAGCCUCCAUCCACAACACCAACCAUAAUCUGACUUCUUCUACGUGAACACAGCAGAACAGAAAAGACAGGAAGUGAUUAGUGAGCCAAUCAGGAUCAUCAGGAGGAUCACUGUUCUCUGAAGGCGCUCCGCAGCACAGCAGGCGGGAACGUUCACCUUCAGGUCAAUGUGCUCUGAUGGAAUGUGAACCAAAGCCGGGCUCAUUUCAUUCAUGAAAAGCUUCAGAACAUCUGUGAAAACUGAACUCCUUUUGUUCAGUCCAGAUGUUCACUGUCCCGUCAGGUCAGCUUUAAUUAUGUAGCCCAAUAUUACACAUCCCAGGUUUGCCUGAUGGCUUUUUAGAGUGAAACAGCUUCUGAUUCCCUUUGUCUGAGAAAAGGAUUAAGGGGAAUAAAUACAAAUUUUAGGAAGGAGAAAGAAUGAAUUUACAGUACGGACAAUCACCAGAAAAAAACCUUUACAGCUAAGUAGUUUCAGUCAAACAAAACACUGGAAAGCUCAAAAAAUAUUACCGCUGUCAUGACACAAUAGACUGAAAAGUGAUGUCUGCACCCAAACACCUCAGACACAUCUCGCUUUUAACUUUUUUAAUCAGACUGAUGCAGUGGAAGCUAUUUCAGGAAGUGAUGUGAACACUGAUCCACUUUUAAAUUGAUAAGUUAAUAUCACAUGGUUGUGUUUAACUUUGCAACAGUGGAUUUGAGACUAACUUAGGUAAACUGAUUCAUACUCAUUCAUGUUCGUUCAUUUUCAGUGGAACAGCUGUCCAUCGUUUCCAGCUGUUUUAGUCGGUCUAUAUCACUGUUUUGAAAAUCAGGGUGUAGAGGGGGUAACAAGAAAAGGGUGUGUGUACUGUCUGUACACAAAUCACUUGUGCGUCUAAUUAGAAUGACUGAUGAGCAGCAGCACGGUGGUGCGGGUGUCAUCUCACAGCAGGUGGGCCUUUGCGUGUGGAGUUUGCAUGAUCUCCCUGUGAUUGCAUGGGUUUCCUUGCACAGUCCCAAGACAUGCACUUCAGGUGAAAUGGUCUUUCUACACUGACUGUAGGUGUGGUUGUCUCUCUGUGUUCAGGGUUUAAAUGGCCUGGUAAAAAAAUAAAUAAAUAACGCCACAUUGUCGUUCUCAUACUGUACAUUGCUCCAGCAGCUGUUUUUAGCCUUUGUCUGCAGUGCUCUCUUUAAGAUGACUAACGUGUGUGUGUGUGGUCGUUUCUGUCAGAUGAUGUUGCUCGAUGUCGUCAGCGUACAUUAGCAGGUUGAAAAAUGUCACAACACCUGCGGCACCUGAACAAGUGAUAGAGAAAAAGGACGGACAAUUGCCAACAGUCUUAAAGUUUGUAUUUUUGUUCUGUUUUCUGUUAGCCUCAUUAGCUUUGCACUAUUAUGCUGGUAUGUUACAUAACAACAAAUAUAUAUAAUAAUCAGGGCACUUUAAAUCUAUGUGGCCAUUUGCUACAAACACCGCUCACCCAGCAAUAAGAGGUAAAUAUCUGAGAUGAUGAAUUCUUCCACUCAGCAGGCGACAGAAGGAAUCAGCAGGUAAUCAUUUUUUGCGAGCAGAAAGUCAUGAUCUGUGUGCCUGAGUAAUGUGUUUGUACAGACACACACGCAGAAAUAAUGGAAAUAUGUUAAUAAGCAAGACAUUAAAGCUGUACAUAUUUAAAGCAUGUUAAUAAUAGACUGUAAAUACUUUCUGUAGAUGACUGUUUAAGAAAAAAAAACAUGCUGAUAAAUUUUAAUGUUUAUAUUAUUAUGAACUACUGUGGUAAGAUUAAAUGCCAUAAGCACGAUCUGGAGAAGUUGAGCGUGUUACCAUUGAAUGUGUGCACUGUCAUUGUUCUAAAAUCUUCCACAAACUUCCACUGAAACAACUCCACUUCUUUUCAAUGCUGCUUAUUUUAUUAGAACAAUAUUCUGAGAGAAGAAAAAAAGCAUUUUGUUCACAAAGUGUCCAAAGACAUUCAAAGUAAAAAGAUGUGCACAACAAUACGAAAAGAGAAGUACUGCAAUUGGUUACAACAUGGUAGAAACACAGAUUUACAUGUUAACAUCCUGCUAAAGCACCUUGUACCUGCUGUUCUUGUAUUUCUUUCUGAUUUUAAAUAAAACGUUUAAACAGC